GCUUUGAAGGAAAGCCGACUUCGGCGGCGGGGCAGGCGGGGGGCAUUCAGUUUGGGAGAGGAGUUGUCUGGUGGCGGAGGUAGCGUGGUUGAGUUGGCGUCAUGGCGGUGAGUUUGUGUCGGCGUGCGGAAGCUUUGUGAUCUUUGUGCGUGCCGACGGAAGCGACCAUGCCAUCGUGAGCCGCAGCGCGCGAAAACUUCGCCCCCGGCGCGGCUCGAGAGACAUCGACCCGAAUGGAUUUCCCACUGAGGCUACUGACACUGCUGGCCUUCACCGGUCCCUGGUGGUGCCAGGCGGUCAGCGGCCAGGACACCUUCUACUUCAGCCCGCAGCCCGCCGACGUGCGCGUCCGGCAGGGCGAGAGCGCGACCCUGCGCUGCGGCGUGUCCAAGAGUGACCGCAUCAGCUUCUACUGGACCCUGGGCGGCGAGGCCGUGCGCAACACGACGCGGCGCUUCCAGCAGGGCUCCGACCUCCGCGUCACCCGAGUGGACCCCAGCCUGGACCUGGGCGAGUUCAAGUGCAUCGCCACCAACGCCUCCACCGGAUACUCGCUGGCGUCCCAGGGGGCGCAGCUCAACGUCCUCUGGAUCGGCGACCAGGCGUCCGUAGAGCUGCAGAGCCCCGCUUCCCCGGCCGACUUGGCGCCCGGCGGCGACCUGUCGCUCCGGUGCCGUGUUGACGGCGUGCCGGAGCCUCAGCUCGAGUGGUUCCACAACGGCGUGCGACUGUUCCGCAGCGAGCGGCUGUCAUUCCGCGGUCGUCGCAUGCACCUGGCGUCGCUGACGGCCGCCGACAACGGCAUCUACUCGUGCCGGGCCACCAGCGAGGCCGGGAAGGUGGACAGCCAGACCAACUUCGCCCUGGUCCUCGAGGGCGAGAACGUGCCCCGGAUCAGCGUGCUGCCCGGCGACGUGACGGUGCGCCGAGAAGCCACGGCGAGGCUGGACUGCGUGUACGACGGAGCUGCCGUCACCGAGUGGUACGCCAGGGACGGGGAUGUGCCGCUUACCAACUCCUCCAAAGUCACCAUCCUGCCCAACUCGUCGCUGCUUGUCCACAACGUCCAAGAUGUGGACGGGGGCCUCUACCGCUGCGUGGGCGUCAGCGAGGACAAAAACGCCCCGCAGCAGUCUUUUGUGGCACGGCUCAGACUUGCCUUCCUGGAAGACUUCAAGGAGUCGUCCAUCGAGCCGCCACUGUCCCCGGACCGCCAAGUGGUGGUCCCAAAGAACGGGCAGCUGGAACUGCUGUGCGUGGUGCCCCCUGGCACGCCCCGGCCCCGCGCAUGGUGGGAGGACCCUGGUGGGCACACGAUCGGGGACACCGGCAGACUCAGGGUGGCCGACAUGCGGCUGCUCCUCGACGCCGCCCGCAAGGGCGACGCCGGCAACUACAGCUGUGUGGUGCAGAACCUUGCCGGUACCCGCAGGACGCAGGUGCACGUCUUUGUCGCAGUGCCGCCGUCCGUGACGUCCCACCCCCUGGACCUGGUGGUGGACGAGGGCGAGGACACGGCGCUGGUGUGCGCUUUCACGGGGUCGCCCCACCCGGUCACCCACGUCUCCUGGCACCACGGGGAGCGGCCGCUGCGGGAGCCCUCGCCCCACGCCACCUUCCACCCCAACGGGACGCUGGUGCUGCGCCACGUGGGGCUCACGGACGCCGGCGAGUACACCUGCCAGGUGAACACCACAGGGUUCCCACCCGAGACGGCCAAGGUGGCCACCAUCACAGUCAGGGAGCGCCUCAAGUUUGUGCCAGCCCCCGUGAGCCGUAACCUGGAGCUGGGCUCCAACGCCAAGGUUUACUGCAAGGCCCGGGGCAGCCCGGCGCCCAUCGUGCGCUGGAUCAAGGAGGGACAGCAGCCCUACCUCGAGUGGCCCCCCCACAUCCGGGACGACAACGGCACCCUGCGCUUCCAGGGGGUGCGCGACCAGGAUGCGGGGCGCUACACCUGCAUCGCCACCAGUGCCCAGGGACUCAUCAACGCCACCGUGCGACUCGACGUCAUCGUGAUGCCCCGAUUCACGGUCCAACCGAUGACAACGAAGGCUGUAGAGGGCUACAGCGCGAUGCUUCACUGCAAGGCGACGGGCGACCCGCCGCCCACUAUACAGUGGGACCGCAACAACAUCCUGAACAACUUCGACCCACAGCGCUACCAGGUCAUGGACAAUGGGUCACUGCUCAUCUCGGAGGUACAUCGGGAUGAUGACGGCAAGUAUGGCUGCACAGCGGGUAACAGCGGCGGCCUCAGGCGAGUUGAAGCCAGCCUGGUUGUGCUCGGUUCUGAGGGCUACUCCUCUGGCAGCCUGCCAGGGGUGGGGGACCCUGGCGAGAACACGAUGGCCAAGACGGUGACCAUCACCCUAGGCGCCGCCGCCAUCUACAUGAUGCUCGUCAUGGGACUCAUGAUCUGGUGCCGCUUCAGGAGGGCACGCAGGAAAGCCAUGCUGCUCCUGCAGGUCACCUCCGAAGUGGGCAAGUCGGACGACGAGGGCGGAGCCACGACGGAGCUCCGCGACAAAGCUGCCGUGGGGCGUGAGCCUGCGGUGCGAAGCGACAACGGCGGGGACGCCCUGUCGCACAGCUCAGGCUCGCACUCGCAGCACUCCAAGCGCAGCCGCUCCUCGUACGACCGGCUUCAGUACCCGAGGCACGACCUCCACACCAUGAUGCUCCUCGGUCGCGGCGAGUUUGGGGACGUGUUCCUGGCAAAGGCCCGAGGCAUCAGAGAGGGCGACCAGGAGACGGUGGUGAUGGUGAAGGCACUGCACUCGCGGGAGGAGUGGGCCCACGCCGACUUCAAGCGGGAGAUGGACAUGUUCCACAAGCUCAACCACGAGGGCAUCACCCGCGUGCUCGGAGUGUCGCGCGAUGUCGAGCCCUUCCUCGUCAUCAUGGAGUACACGGACUGGGGCGACCUGAAACAGUUCCUGCUGGCAACGCAGAAGGAAAGCCAGCGUAAAGGUCCCAAGCCCCCGCCGCUCGCCCAGGCCCAAUCCAUCGGCGUCUGCCACCAGGUGGCACUGGCCAUGGAGCACCUGGCCAAUCACCGCUUCACACACCGCGACCUGGCGGCUCGCAACUGUCUGGUCACCUCCCGCCUCGACGUCAAGGUCAGCUGCCCCGCCCUAUCGCGGGACAGCUAUGCCAACGAGUACGCCGUCCACCGGAACCGAUCGGUGCCAAUCCGCUGGACGCCCGCGGAAGCGCUCUUCGAAGAUGAGUGGUCCACAAAGAGCGACGUGUAUUCCUUUGCGGUGCUCGCCUGGGAGGUGUUUUCGCAAGGGGCGCUGCCGCAGGGCGACAAGGACGACGCGGCGGUUUUGAAGAUGCUCCGCGGCGCCGAGCUGCGCUGGGGCGCCCCGGAGAACGUUCCGGUGGCAUUUGUGGAGCUGCUGAACCGCUGCUGGCAGCGGUCGCCGCGGGACAGGCCGGCAUUUGGGGAGGUGGCUCUGCGCAUCGGGGAAAUCUUUGUGGACAGCAACGUCUGAUGCUCCGCAGCUACGGCGAUCUGCCGACUUUGCGGGAUGGAUGUUGGAGCGGCAAUGCUGCGACGCUGCAGGAGUAGCGUCGAGAGACCGAUGUCAUAUGGAACCAAUGGUGCGGAAACGACGUUGUGGGAGUGAUGUUGGAGACGACUCUGUGCGGCGCUCCGGAUUCUGCGGUUCGCUGUGCAUCGUGUAAGUGCACACGUCACGUCAGUCCAGCAGGGACGUUUGUCCUUGCAGUGUAGUUGCAAACAUUGCAACAAUGUGCUUUUUGCAUUGCUGCAAGUGGCAGGUUAUAAUUUCGGCAUGUCUCUGGAAGUUUCCGAUAAAACGGAUUCGGAGAUAUCUGGGUUCUACGGAGUGGCACUCCAAUUGUGCGGAUGAAAAUACCAUCAUUGUCCUAUCCGUAUGGCUUGGGUUUGAUGGUGAACACCGAAGUAAAUACAUUUUGUUUUGUGUUCAGGCAGUGCGUAUGUUGCAGCUGAACAACGUUCCGAGUGGGAUCACACAUUAGUGUCAUUGUAAACCGUCUGGUAAAGUAAUGUUGAAGCUACCGACGACAGAACCAUCUGUUUGUGGCACAACUACAGACUCCUGCUUGAAGUAUGCAAGGAAACUUUUGGGAAUCCUCUGUGAAAUCAUGUAGUUGCGCUGGUAGUGUUUCAGGCAAGUUCUCGCUCUAAGUGCUCUUGUACACCGCACAGCAUGCUCCACAGGGGUUUUUCUGGUCGGUCGGGUGGUAACAUUGGAAGUGCCACAGCACUACCGUUGUGGCAUCAUGGCCAUUUUAAUGCUGUUUACAGACAGCAGACACUGCGGUCUCUUUGCGGAUUCAGACACGCUAAUUUUUAUAAGACAUUUUCACGUUUUGAACUUUUUAUAAACACAAUCUUUGCUAAGCAAACGGUUUUGUUGGGAAUGGCCCUUGUCACCUUCCUUUCAUUGGAACUCUAAUGUCUUGUCAACCGAGCAGAAUGAAAAGUUUUCAGAGGAAAAGUGUCUAUGGAACUGUCCAACUGAAUUGAUGCUUUUAUCAUUAGUGGAGUUUUACAGCCAAGAGUCAUAUUGAGUCAUAAUACACAACAAAGAACCUUCUGCUGCCAUUUUUACAUCACUUUUUGACUUUUUACUCACUUUUACAGACCAUUUUUAUCUGCUUGUCGGCAGUGCAAAAAUCUAGCGAGUUGUAAACCGUAAGUGGGGAGAUUCGAAGUGGGUGACGAUGCCUUAUGUAGGUCGUAACUGGGGAUGAUUUUUGGUUCUCUACGAACUUCGAAUUUCUGUUGCAACAAAAGGACUAGUACAUAUACACAUACCAUCCAUUUUUCCUGUAAGCUCCAAGACACUGCAGGUUUCAUAUAGCUUUGAUGUGCCAAGGUGCAAGUGCAGAUUGGCUUAUGAAAGGUAGUAUAUGUUAAGUUCUUGUCAACACCAUUUUUUGUGCUUUUUUUUAUGGCUACUGUCAAGACCAGUUAUAAUGAAGUCGGUUAUAACGAAAUAGCGGCUACAGCGAAGUAAUCACGAUAUCCCAUUCUCUUUUGAACUUCGUUCGAACCGAGGUCGGUUAUAACGAAAUAGUGGAUAUAGCGAAGUGAUUUCCGAUUCCCGUUGACUUCGUUAUAACCGUUCUCGACAGUAGUUCCAACAGCACUGAUUGGUGUUACAGGAGGAUAAUAUCUGACAAUUACAUUUGUCUUUGUUUGUCCACCAAACAGUCCUUUUGAAAUUAGGGGUGGCUAUGGAGUGAGCAACUAUGCAAUCCUUGGCAACAUUUCUACUGCACUCUACAUGCUGCAAGGCUUGUUUAUUACUCGUGAGUUUGUGCAUAUUUAAGUUGCAGAUAUUUAGAGACUCUCAAAAGUGUCUUUAGAAGGGGUUUACAAGCUUUCAUGAACACUGAAUGUUUCCGAUGUUCUCCGAAAAACUAACAUCCAUAGUACCUUUGCGGUAUUUCAUGUUCUCAUCGUACUGACCACUCUGCAUGGACGCAAAGCGAUAAAGAGAAUGUCUCCUGAAAAGUCUAGCUUGUCCGCUGAAGUAAUCCUGAGUCAUUUCUUGGAUUUUAAUGUAGCACGCUUGUGUAAGAGGUGGUGAAAAAUACCUUUCUCAAAGAGCAAGUCCAAGCUCACGCGAUUCAUGGGUUCAAAUUUAAACGUCGAAACAGUGGCUGUUAGAGAACCAUGCUGAAUGUCUUAUGCUGUGUCAACAUUCCCGUCACUUUGUCUACGAAGCCGCUUGAAAGUUUGGUACUGCAAUCUAGAGGCUAUCUCGUGUCCAUUCUCUGCGUGUUCACUCGGUGGCAUCGCCAAGAAAGUCUAUAGUGUUGAGGAUGCGGUGGGGACGCCGAGGUACCAGCUCAUUCUGACACUAAUGUAAUUUAUUCCAUCCACUCAUCUUCCACCAGCCGCUCGACGCGCCUUACCACGACGGAAGACCGCCCUUCUGUACAGAACUCGCUCCCAGUGUCCUCGCCUUCACACUCUGUCCGACAGGGCUAGUCACGGUUUUCAUGUUUUCGUAUACCCUCUGGUGACUUUGAGGGGGUUCCGCAAGCCGGACUUCCCUAGGUUCGUUUUUCGGCGUCUUGUUUUUACGAUAAUAGUAUAGCUUGCGAUUGUAUCUGCUUUUGGCUUUCCAGUUGAAAAUCUCCAUGCAACGAAUCUUGUUGUUGCUUGUUUUAGUCACAGGGUGAGAAGAGCGGGGUGUUUUUUUCGAAUGCCUGGCCUCUAGCUAGCAUGUGCUCAUUACUUUUUGCCGUGUUUCAGAGACGCCAAAGUGUUAUCCAAGGUAGGAACCUCGAGCUGGAGGUGGGGCAACUGACACUCCUUGCUGACUUUCUUGUCCGUCCAGUGACUAUAAUAGUACAGGGAGUUCCUGAGAAAAGAGAACCGAGUCUUUUGGCCCGGAUAAAUAAACUAUGCAUUGCAGGAAGCUCAAACUCCAUGAGAAUCUGACGCAAGCAGUUGGAAUAAAACGCGAAAGUUUGAGAACAUGACAUUACCUGCAUAAAAAGAUAAUUGAGGAAAAACUAAAUUUAGCUAUGAGCAGACAGCCACCUAAGCCUAACAUCAUCAAAACAGGAAAUUACAUUGUGGAUCGCUUGUAUUGUCUAUUUCACUGAGAAAAAAACUUGACAGCAAGAAAGCAAACAAUAUCCUCUUUCUUGCUAAUGAGUGUUUUUCACUAAUAUAAUUCUCACUAGCACCCAGGAUGCCAGUUCUUGUUUUAAUGAUGUUAGGCUUAGGUCGCUGUCUGCUCAUAGAAAAUUUCAGCUUUUCCUCAAUUAUCUUUUGAUCGAGGUAACGUCAUUUUCUUAAACUUUCGCGUUCUCACCCAUCUGCUUGUGUCACAAUUUCACUGAUUUGGAGCUUUCUGCAGUGCAUAGUUUGUUUACCUCGGCUGAAAAACACGGUUCUCUUUUUUCGGAGGCACCCUGUAUUAUAUAUCUCUGAAUCGGUUGCAGGUGUUGUGAUGACCACAUCACUGAAUAUUUUUACGGGCCUGAAAGGCGGGGCAUUUAUUAUUUCGGUUUGAGCACGGUGAAAGAAGUUUUCAAAACUUGUAGGUGAAAAUUUUUUUUCUCUUGGCAACACAAAUGUCUAUUUAUUGUCAGCUACUCGUUGGGUAAAGUUUUUAUCGAAAGAAAAAAACAGCUUUUGUGUGUAUUGUAUAAAGCCUUAAGACUGCUUACAUUAUGUCAAAGUAUGCAUGCCACAAAAACCAUGCAGAUUUUUUUUUCUUUCAAUGAUCUUUACAAUGCCAGUAUUUAAUGCUGCUUCAAAAUGCGGGGUGUGAAAACAUUGGCGCUUUCACAAAGUUGCCGGUUUCCUUGGCAUUUUGGAGCAGGCACGCAUAUUCAAAUGCUUUCUCUUAUUGACAUAUCUUUGUUAGGCAAUCAUAUAAUAUGCAUGAACAUCUCAGUGUGUGUGCAUGUAUAUGCCUGUAGUCUGGUGUGUAGAAUGUAUGCUUUUUAUACUGUACAUAAAGCUUGAAUCAUGCAUUUUGACAAUAAAAAAGUAAUUAUGCAAAUCCU